AUGGCUGAUGUCAACUCUGUGGUUGAGGCUGACAAUACAAACAAAAAUGUUAGUGAUGAUGAUAAUUCUGGUGGACUCUUUGCUCUCAUUGAGAAGUCUGUUGUCUCUGAUGAACCUGUUGCUCUGACUGCACCAGCUGCCACUCUAAUCAAAAAAUCUGUUGUUUUACUUGAAGAACUCAAUAUUUCUGUCAAGAAGCUUUCAGUUAAGCCAAUCAUUGCUUCUGUUGAGAAGUUCAUUCUUUCCAUCAAAAAGUCUCUAGUCAAGUCAAUUAUCACUCUCACUGAGAAGUCUGUUCUUCUGAUUGAACAACUCAUUAUUCCAGUCAAGAAAUCUGUUGCUCUUCUUCCUGCCACUAACUGA